AUGUGCAGCGGUCCACCACGCUCGUCCAGUCCUUGCUCGGUGCCGGCGAGUUUUCUUGGGGCUCUGGAUGUCUUGGAGGAUGGCCAGGGUCUGGUACGGGAAGGGGGGCUGGCGACGGUGAGGUGCACGCGCAGGCUAGCCCGGCAGCUGGGCGAGUACAUGGAGCUGGUGUCGGACCUGCUUGCCUCCUCCUUCAUCGGCCUCGCGCUUUCUUUUCAAGGCGGAGGCCAUGUCUCGGACCCGGACGCUUGUGUACCGGACACGCGCUCCUCCCUGCCCUCGCCCUCUUUGUUGCAGAGCGAACAUUCUUGUGUGCGCUUGCCCCUUCAGCAACCGGAGUUGGACGAGGCGUUGAAAGCGCAGCUCGUGCCCCGGGUGCGGGGGCUGGUGCGCCUCUGUCGGCUGUCCAAGGCGCUUGAGCGGUACCGGGGACGGUUGACGGCCUCCUUGAAGGAGGUGGUGAAGACCGUGCUCACGGAAUACCUGGGUGUUGCGGAAUAUCAGCGAGGGGAAGAUAAGGUUGGAGCAGACGGGGCUGUGAACACGCCUGCCGAGGCUGCCAGCCCCCCCCUGCCGGUCAACGGGACCAGCGGCUUGCCGACCGCAGCAGCUGCGGCGACGUCAACAGAGGAGAACGCUGGCUUGUUGGGCAAAGGCGUCAGAGCCAUGAAAGCAGAGUCCUUCCUGGGGUGUCUUAAGCUUUGUUUCGAGCAAAUGCUCCUCCCCAUGACGGGCGUGGGCCUGAUUCAUACUUUCUUAGAGGAGCAGAUCAGCGAGGAGCUGAGUCGGAUUUUGGACCGCCGACCAGUCCCUUCCUCCUCUCUCCACUCCACGCAUCAAUCUCAAGGCGAAUUGUCCACAGGGUCUCCCGGAGAAACAGGCGGAGAGGGGUCCUUCGGACAUGUCAACCGGGAGCCCUCGCUCCCUCCCUCUUCGAGUCCUGCGGUGUCCAACUCAUCCAGGACAGACGCGGGAUCAGUUCCUCCGUCUCCAACGCCCAGCCCUUCAAACAAGUUUAAAACAUUUUUAGAAAAGCGGCGAUUGGAGACAGGGGGCGGUGCAAGUAAGAGCGGUACCAGUACUGUGGGCAGUCUGGGGAUAGGAGGUAAACAGCAAACCCAAGCCCCUUUCAAGGACGAGGAUCAAAUAAAAGUUUUGGAGUUGCAAGCAUGCAAAAAGCUUAACGACGAAAUUUUGAAGACCCUGUGUGAUCUCUGUUAUCGUCACAUCGUUUCCCUGUUGGUGGCUCGGAGGGAGGCCAACGUUAGCAUGGACCUGGCAGAAAUAAAGGUUUUAUGGGACAGCACCAUGUCUUUCUUAGGGGCUGUGGAGCAAAUUUCUGGUACAGCUGGCUUCGGCUUGAAGAGCACACUGCUUACGCAGGCCAAGCAAUUCGUUGAGCAUGUGCACAAAGGGGGUGUGGGCCGACUUUUGGCGGCCCUUGACGCAGAGAGCUACCUAAAUGUUGCCGCAAAUUUCCCCAUGCUCGCCAUGGAUGUGAUGCAGUGCGUUGUCAACUUGCUUCGGCUUUUCAAUACGCGUACGGCGCAAUUGGUGCUUGGUGCGGGCGCUAUUCAGGCGACGGCUCGUCUACGAAGCAUAACAGCAAAGCACUUGGCACUGGCCUCCCAAUGUUUGGGACUGAUACUUGUGCUCCUCCCACAUGUCCGUGCCGCCCUUGCCGCCCACUUGCAGACCAAGCAGCAAGCCUUUCUGAUUGAACUCGAUCGCCUCCGUCAGGAGUACGCCGAGCAUCAGGAACGAGUGCUUACGAAGUUUGUAGCUAUCAUGGGAGAGCUGAUAGCGCACAGUGCGGCCAACACAGGCUUGCGGGAGACGGACUGGGAUGCCCUGGGUAGUGCCGCCUGCCGAUUCGUAGAAGAGGUUAUAAAAGGGACUACAACCAUGCAUAGGGUGCUUUAUCAAAUUUUGCCUCCCACGCAGGUCCAGGACAUCUUUAAUCGUGUCUUUGACCUGCUGGGUCAUCGGCUGAAAGAGUAUCUGGAUCACGCGCGCCCCACUACUAAUGCCGGGAGGGAACGGCUGGUGGAUGAAGUAUCACAUCUCGUCACAUCUCUAUCUAUGCUCCGGGGGGUGAAUGCACAGGCUCUUGCGGAGCUAGAGGGAACAAUCCGAGAGAAAUUUUCGCCGGCCUCAUUUUUGUCGUCACCUGCUACUACUUCAAAUUCGCCAUCGCCAACCUCCCUCACCCUGUGCUUGCCUCCGACAGACUUAAAUGGCGGUUCUGCCUCACACGAACCAAUCCUCACUCCUCCGCGGACCUCAGAUGCGCCUGCGUCUGCAUCAUCUGCCUAA